UGCCCUGUUUAAAGGAUGAUCUAGUGAUUAGUAAUUAAUAUGGUGUUGUUUACAUGAAGUAGUUGGAAUGGAGGGGAAAAAUGUGAUUUUGGAAAAAUGGUGAGCGCGUCCCGGCGAUUCACGCUUUUUGGAUUGCUGUGGUGGACGCUUUUCCUUUGCUGUGCUGAUGGACUAAUAGAAAUCGUAGAAGAACAACGAUGUCACGACUACGAGUUCCGCCUGAUCUGUCGCGAUUUAGACACUCAUAUCGCGGUUCUAGAAGCCUGGUACACCUCUACGGAACAUUUGAGAUUAAUUGCAAAUACCUCCCGGCAAAUGGAGUUAAAAUUAAAGACAGAAAACGACUCCGAACUAAACAAAGUGUACGUUUAUUCUAGUCCAAAACACAACGGUGUGUAUUCACCUUCGAAUUAUUCAAACUAUCUGAAUUAUUCGAAUUUUUCAAACUAUUCGAAUUUUUCAAAUCAUUCCAUUUUCGAGAACGUUACUAGUGAAGAAGAACAGUUGGAACGGUUUUUGAACGAUACAGUGGACAUGGCGGUAGAAGUAGUGAAAGGUAGUGAUAGUUGUGGUUUGACAUCAUUUGCGAGAAGUUACGCGAGUUGGCAUGAAGGGGACAAAAGAAGACGUUCCCUGGAUUGGAGUUCGUCGAUAAAUUUGAGAGCUCCGAUAAGUUACCGAUGUACAGGAGUAAAUCACUGCAGUUUUAUAUUAGCGAAGGACUACCCACCUGCAAACAGUUGGACUCCAGGGGUGGUUUACAUCAAGUACGCCUGUUUCGACGAUACAGUGUCCCUCCACUACUGCAAUCGCGAGGUUCAAAUUGCACCGAAAGGCCCUGAUAGCGAGGGCUACAUCCGUACGCCCGGAUAUCCGCAUUUUUACGUCGGCGACGAGUGCCGGUGGCGGCUCAGGACAAAUCCUGAACAGCGAAUUCGGAUCACGUUGUUGGACGUUAGUUUGAGAAGUUUAGGUCCAUUCGACAAUGAUUGUACAGACUACGUCACAGUUCAAGACUCAAGCGGGGCUACAUUGUUCUCUUCGUGCGAGCAGGUGGAUCUUCCCCUUCGUUUAAUAUCGUCGACAGACGACAGUGAAGUUGUGGUCAAAGCCAGAUCCGAAGGCGCUUAUCCGAAGAGGGGAAUACUGCUGCAUUAUAAAAGUAUUGGCUGUGUAACGCUAGCAGCGCCAUCUGAUGGCUAUCUAGUGUAUCGCAACGAGGACGUAGCGCACUACAUGUGCAACGUGAACUUUGUUUUCGUCGACACGCGACAGAGGACGCGGUUUAUAUGGUGCUAUGACGACAAUAGUUGGAAUGACACAGUGCCUUUGUGUGUUGAGGAGGCGGCUAGACAAGCCGUCGGGAACGACACUAAGCUGCCCCCUAACGAGUCAAGCAUGUUAGUCGACAUCGUGAUCCCGUCGCUGCUGAUAGCGGCCUUGUUCAUCGGGAACGCGUUCAUCGUUCUUAUUAUUUAUAAGUACAGGAAACGGAAAACGGACGACAUCGAUGAUGAAUUCAAUACAAUCCCACUAAGCGUCAACGGCAACGUACACAGUGCUGGCAAUGCGGUUUAGUCCUCUUGAUUUAACUACAAUACGAAGAUUGUAUACCGACAUUCUAACUAUAAUAAAGACGGGUAAACUAUUGAUCAUGAUCGCUAACAAAGAUGAACAUGGUUAUAGGAUGAAAUAGAUUACCUCUGAUUGUGACACCUGCUCGCUAUAACUUUCUCUUAACAAUGUCCGAUAAUUAGACCCAUUUGGAACCAUAUUUAGGAUUGCCACUUUUCCUACAUUUGAUUAUUGAUCGAAAAUAGGUAUCGUCGCCUCACCAUUGAAACCUUGUCCGCUUUUUACGAUUUCACAUGAGAGGGGAAAACGUGAGGUUUUAAAAUUAUCCAUGUAAUCAUAGUGGACUUAUGAGGUUUUAAAAGUUGAUGCAUCGAAUUUUUUGCAUAUGAGUGAAAACACAAAAGUAGUCGGCAUUCAGUUUUAACAAUAAGGCGACGGCAAAAGAACUUUCGUUCUCUUUUUGCGAAUUUCAAUAAACUAUGACUUGAACAGAUAGACUUAAGAAGGAAGGCGCACUAUGGCGUGCGUAGCGAGCCCGGUAAAUUUUCGCUAUUUUUACAAAAAUCAUAGUAAUAGUCCCUGCCAUGACAGUUAUAUAGGACAUGGGUAAGACUGCGUGAUAGGUACUGAAGUAUAGCUGACAGUCUGCCGCGCUCUAAACGUUUUGGUCGCUUUUUAAGUACAUAAAUUUGUCGCUUCUAGAAAUUGUUGCCCAGGGCCUUAUAGGUCCUGAGCUAUGGUAGUUCUACUGUAUAAGAGAUAUGAGUACUAAAUUAAUGUGUAACAAAAUACACAACGUGACACAUUCGGAAAUAAAUUGUCUCAUCAUCGUAAUCAUAUUAAAUUGAUUAAUUACAUUCAGAUAUCUGUUUAUCUAAAUAAUACACAUAGAAUGAUGUUGAGAAAAAUAUUUACACUUACAAUUACAAAUUUUUUCUUCUAAACAUAUUACCAUGCUAAAGUAAGAGCCACAACAUUAAAAAUAUGCAACAGAAUACAAUAAAAUAAUUCCGAGGUUUUCGAAAGGAGUCAUCCAUUUCUUUGUACAUUAUUUCUAUUCCGAUCUCUAGUUAUGAUUAAAACGGCAAGAGUAUUUAAAUUGUGGUAAGAAUUUCCGACAAGGAACACUAAACAAAUAUGAUUGAAUUAAACAAGAUGUUAUUGAAGGUGAUUAUGUAACUUGUUUCCUUGUAGCAUGUUGCAGCAAAAAUUUUAAUGAUUGCUACAACAAUUUUAAGUAGUGAAUUUGAUCAUGUUGUCAUUGAUUCCAUCAAAUAUCAUGAUGGCUAACUUGAUGUGCGUUAUGUAUUUUCAUAUACGUUAUUAUCAUUACGUUACUACUUUUGUAACACUUUGUACUUACGUCGUCGUAUUAUGUGUUAAUAAU